AAGCCCAACGUUCCACCCGUGAAUAGAACAGACAUUCAAAACUGCAUCCAAGCCUAACCCACAGUUUUAAUUUUCAAAGCCUCCUCCGAUUACUGUGAGCCCAGCUAAGCAAAUCCACCCUAUAAAAUUGCAAUUUCGUAUUCCAUUUCUUAGUGGCCACAAACAACUUCAAAGCAUUACAAACAGACACAGAUCUGCCCCAUGAUACUAGAUCUGUGGUUCCACAUUCAUUGGGUUUAUCAACAAUAAUAAUAUCAUUCAAAUAAAAGGAAGAAAAAUACAUCACUUCACUUUCACUUUCACAUCAUCAUCACAUUCGCACAACACAAACAUGGAAGUUGAUGGCAGGUUUCUGAGCACAUGUCUCCUCCUUGCGGCUACAAUCCUUGUGGCAAAACUCAUAUCAGCCUUCAUAGUGCCCAAAUCAAGAAAGAGGGUACCGCCGGUUGUGAAGGGGUGGCCCCUCAUUGGAGGGCUUUACCGUUUCCUCAAAGGACCAAUUUUUAUGCUCCGUGAGGAGUACCCUAAGCUUGGGAGUGUGUUCACCCUCAAACUGUUUCACAAAAACAUCACCUUUUUGAUUGGCCCUGAGGUUUCUGCACACUUUUUCAAGGCCCCAGAGAGUGAUCUCAGCCAGCAAGAGGUGUACCAGUUCAAUGUGCCAACUUUUGGACCUGGGGUGGUGUUUGAUGUUGAUUACUCCGUGAGGCAGGAGCAGUUCAGAUUCUUCACUGAGGCUCUUAGGGUGAACAAACUCAAGAGUUAUGUCAAUCAGAUGGUUGCAGAAGCUGAGGUAUGCGGUGAUCUUUUUUAGUUUUUCUUACUGAUUGAUCUAAUAAUGUAUGAUGUUGCCCCAUGUUGAUGUGUAAUUGUGUUUUCGUUUGGUUUGUGAAUUGUGACAUUGGGUCUUGAAAUUGCUUGUUGUAAUCAGGAAUUUGUUUUCCAUUUGUGUGUGUGUGUUCCUUUGAUUUUGGUGGCAUCUUGCAUGUUAUGAUGGGUUGGAGGAAAAUUUUGUCUACCCCUUUCUAAUAAACUUGCCAAUGGUGAGUCUCAUAGGCUUAGAUCCAUUGUUUUUGUUAUUGCUUUUGCUCUCGAUUUUCAUUGACCUACUUAUGUAAUACACGUUUGUGCAUUCAAUUCAAUGAUCUGGCGGGAUUUGGUCAA